AUGAAUAAAGGACUCCAAACCCGUUCGCGGGGCUUUUUUAAGCAGAAGCCUAUUCUGCGACUGGUGGUCGCGCUUGUCGCACUCUUUUCCUUAAUACAUUUGUUCUCUAAAUACCCCCAUGCCACUCUACUUGAUAACACACCUCGAGCAACAGUCGGCAAGGUGAUGAUGGUCUACGGCAACAACUCCGUUUACGAACGCGCAAUUGAGACACACAAGGAACAUUGCAACCGACUUGGCUAUCCUCUCUUUAUACUGCGGAGAGAGGUCCUCGAUGGUGUCUGGAACAAAUUGGCCUAUCUUAUUUCCCUUAUAGUGCAGGAAUUAGAGAAACCCGAGGACGAGCGAUUGGAGUGGCUAUACUGGAUUGACAGUGAUACGAUCCUUAUGAAUCCCAAUAUGAGACUGGAAACCUUUCUCCCUCCGCCUCAUCUCACCAACGUACACAUCGUGCUAUCCAGGGACUGGAACGGAAUGAAUGCCGGGGUCUUUCCGAUCCGCGUCGACCCCUGGUCUAUUGAACUGCUAUCUGCAGCCAUCGGCUACCCUUACACAAACCCCGAGGAAACCCUCACCUGGGCGGAGCAAACUGCCAUGGUGAAACUUUUAGCCGAACACGAUUACUUUGCUCAAUCCGCCGUGUAUGUGCCUUUGCGGUGGUUCAACGCAUACAUGCGCUCUCCGGAUGGGGAGUCUCUGAAUACAGACUCUCGCGCAGAUCUUCAAGUUCACCCGGGGGAUCUUCUUGUCCACUUCCCUGGUACUCCGCGCGAAGACUUUAACGAUACUCUGAGUCCGUAUUUGGCUAUUGCUGAGCAGCACCGAAGCGAAUGGGAGCUUCCCCUGGAGAAAACGGGGUACGCUGAAGAAACGGCCAGGUUCUGGAAGAAGUACGGCAUUGAGAAUGGUUUUGAAUUGCCGGACGUGCAACAUGUCCAGGAAAUUUCGAAUGCUGGCCAGGUCUAA